CAACAUAUGGAAGACUUCUCCACCUCCUCAAUCUCUCAAUCAAAAUGGCAACGUCAAACAUUUCCAUCUCACUAGCCACAGAAGAUGAUGCCCAAGCCCUAGCAUCCGUCAUGACAGCAGCUUUCGCGGCCAGUGAUGCCGCUUACCCACUCAUCUGGGGCUCCGCAGAAGAAGGAACGCAUGAUGCGAUCUCAGUGAAAGGAUUAUUCACCCCUGUCCAGAAAGAAGGCAGGAUCACAUUCAAAGCCGUGGACGAUGUGAGUGGAAAAUUAGUGGGCUUCGCGACGUGGAAUAUGCCGAAAGAAAAACCUGUCGUUCCACCGCAGGCAGCAGAGAAGAUGGGUGGACUGCCUCCUUUGCCUGGUGUGAAUUUGGAGUUGUGGGGAGCGAAGGUGGCCGGUCCGAGGAAGUUUUAUGAUAGGGAUUUUGAUGUUUAUCAGGAUAUUUUGCUGUCUUUUUUCUUCGUGCAACCGGAUUAUCAGCGUCGAGGUAUCGGUUCUAGUCUAUUGGAAUGGGGGAAGAAGAAAGGUGAUGAGGUGCAGGGGAAGAUAUGGCUUACUAGUACCCCGCAAGCUCGGGUUGCGUAUGAGAAGAAUGGGUGGAAGGUUGUGGAAAGCCAUGAGAUUGAUUUGAGCAAGUAUGGUGGUGAGGGAUCCUACGUUCGUUUCUGGAUGUUAAAAUCACCAGUAUAAGUCUGGUUCGUGUUGUAGGUGGGCAAUUAGAGAGGAGCUAUGCGUGCCCUUUACGGAGUCCAGUCCGAGACGACAGACAAUCAUCUAAUUUGCGGAUGAUGCGCGAGAACGAGUGACGGUGACAUCUUGUGGCGAUGUAGAAUCUCAAUUUCACAUUUCUUGAUGGGCCUGGAGAGACAAGAAGCACUACUUUAUUGAGAUAGACAGUGCAAUUGUGGACAGUUUUGGUAUCAUGUGUCUAUUCAAUUCAAAUUCAUGCAAACAAUC